AUUUGAGUGUGUGGCUCCAUGCCGAGCGGAAUUCCCCAGCUUGUGGGUGAUGGCGCAACUCCAAUCAGAAGGCUUCCGUGUUGGAUAUCCGGACGCUCACUGCAGCAUACGGCACUGACUUCAGAGCUAUAGCUUCCUGUUACCUGUUGAACGGGCAUGAUGGUGAACCGCUGUGGUCUGUUCGGUGCAAAUGAGGAACCAGUUCCUCUGAAGAGCGUGGAGGUGGAGCUGGAGGUCAGGGACCAUGUGGCUACAGUGGUCUCCACUCUGAACUACCAGAACCAGGAGGACAAACCCCUGGAGGCCGUCUUUGUCUUCCCUCUGCCUGGAGAUGCUGCCGUCUGUCAUUUCAGCGCUAAGGUCGGACAGACGGAGAUUGUGGGGGAGGUGAAGGAGAAACAGGAGGCCCGUGAGGAGUAUGACGACGCUCUGAGCUCCGGUCAGCAGGCCUUCCUGUUGGAGGAGAGCGAGCAGAGUCCAGAUAUAUUCUCCCUGAGUGUGGGCACUCUACCUCCAGGAGAGAGUGCCUCCAUCAGGCUGGAGUACGUCACUGAGCUGGCUGUGCAGGCCGAUGAAGGGCUGAGGUUUCUCCUGCCUGCUGUGCUCAACCCUCGCUACCAACCGCAGGGGAGCGUUCGCAGGGUCAACGUCCAGGUGACCUCUGUUCCAGCCUCUCUGGUGCCCUACACUCUGUCCUUCUCUGCCCGAGUGUCCUCUCCUCGUCCCGUCUCUAAAGUAGAGUCCAGCUCUCCCCUGGACCCUCUGCAGUACCUCAACACAGAGCAAACCCAGGCCACGGUCAAGUUGGCUGCAGGACACAAGUUUGACAGAGAUGUUGAACUGCUGAUUUAUUACAAAGACGCCCACCAGCCCUCUGCUGUGGUGGAGGCAGGACGGGCCUCUUCACAGCCUGGCUCUCUGAUGGGUGAUCCAGUAGUGAUGCUGAGCCUUUACCCAGAGUUCCCCCAAGCUGUGAUGUCCUCAAUGGCUUCAUGUGGAGAGUUUGUCUUCUUAUUGGAUCGAUCUGGCAGUAUGGGAGGAGAACGUAUAAAGAAUGCCAGGGACACUCUGCUGCUCCUGUUGAAGAGCGUACCGCUCGGCUGCUAUUUCAACAUCUACAGUUUCGGGUCCACCUUUGAACACAUCUUCCCUAAGAGUGAAGAGUACAACCAGAAGACCAUGGAAGAGGCUCUGAAGAAAGUGGAAAAGAUGGAGGCUGAUCUUGGAGGAACUGAGAUCCUUAAGCCACUCAAACACAUUUACAGACAGCCCUCCAUUCCAAGUCAACCUCGACAAGUAUUUGUCUUUACUGACGGAGAGGUGGGGAACACAAAAGAAGUCAUUAAUCUGGUGAAGCAGAAUUCAGCUUCCCACAGGUGCUUCUCUUUUGGGAUUGGGGAAGGGGCCAGUUCUGCUCUCAUCAACGGGUUGGCCAAAGAAGGAGGAGGCCACGCUCAGUUCAUCACAGGGACCGACAGGAUGCAACCCAAAGUGAUGCAGUCAAUGCGGUUCGCUCUGCAACCGUCUGUGGUGGACGUCUCAGUCAAGUGGGACCUGCCGAGCGGAGUCUCUGUCACCGCUCUCUCUCCACCGAUCGCAGCACUUUUCCAGGGUCAAAGGUCACUGGUUUACGCCCAGUUCACUGGACAGAGUUCGGAGGCGUCAGAGGGCUGUGUGACGGUGGCGUAUAGCCUGGCAGGUCAUCCCUCUCAGACCCAGCUCCACUUCAGUCUCAAGCCUGCAAAGGACUCUGGACUAACGAUCCACAGGUUGGCCGCUCGGACCUUGAUCCGCUCGCUGGAGAUGGAGGAGAGCGAGCGUGGAGGACAGGAAGAAGCAGGAGGGAAGAAGAAGGUGGUGGAGCUCAGCGUCCAAUCAGGAGUGAGCAGUGCCUUCACCGCCUUCAUCGCUGUCAAUAAAUCCAACAGCGAAGCUAUUCAAGGACCUCUGGUGCGCCGAAUGGUUCCAGCACCCAGGAUGAUGGCGAGGCGCUGCAUGGCUCGGCCCCGUUCAAUGAUGAGUCCGAUGUCUUGUGAUAUGGCGCUGCAACCGCUGGGGUCAAAUAGUCCGAUGUCUGGUUAUAUGGCGCAGCAACAGCAGAUGUCUCCUAUAAGGGCGGUUUCCUAUUGUAAUGUGCCCCGUUCAAUGAUGAGUAAGUAAAACCUGUCUUAAUGUUCUAUGAUGAAGUA